AUGACGAAUGUGGUUCCUAAUUCCAUCGUAGCAAUGGCAGCCUCGGCGAAUGGCAGUCUCUACCCAGGCACUAUACUUACAGCUACCGGGGGUGAUGGAGGAAAUCUACUGAACUCCAUGACGGGAAAGCCUGGUCAGCCUGACGCUCUCUCGAGCUCUGACUCGAUUGUCGUUGCGGGAGAUUACCUUUUCAACGUCAACGCCGGGUCUAACUCGGUCUCCAUGUUCUCUAUCGAUCCUUGGAAUCCCAUGGAACCCACACUGCUUGGUUGCAAAAGCUCCAUGGGGGAUUUCCCCGUGCCUGUGGCAGUGUCACUGAAACACAAGAUGGUGUGUGUGGCUAACACUGGCAUCAACGCCGGCGUCAGUUGCGCCUCAUUCGAUUCGACCUGCGGGAUGGGCGACUUCGAUGAGCUGCGUCGCUUGAACGUGGGUCAGACACAGAACCCACCCACUGGUUCAAUCCCCGGAGUGGGAGACAUCAUCUUCAAUGGUGAUGAGUCCGAGGUCAUUGUUUUUGUCAAGGGUAACGGUAAAGACAUGCCUGGAUUUGUCGAGAAAUACGCCGUCCUCCCAAAUGGAUCUCUUUCCCAACAAGGCGAGCAGUUCAUGCCCCCUGGUUUGGCUGUUGAGUUUGGAUCUGCUGUGAUUCCACGGAGCAACAACCUUGUCUUGUCCAGUCAGGCGAACUUUGGCGCUGUGGUCCUAGACCUCAAUGAUUUGACCGCUCAGCCGAUGGCCACAACAAACAUCACUGGCCAGGGAGCGACAUGCUGGGCCGAAAUCUCGACCUACACUGGUACUGGGUUUGUCACUGACCCGACCAUCAAUCGUUUGGUGGAGACCAACCUGACCUCUGGCAAAAUUGUCAGCGAAUACUACCCGCCCAACUACAACGCGGGCAUGACGGACUUCCGCAUCUCGGACAACAAGAUUUGGUUCUUUCGGCUGGCAAUGGGACCACUCCAGCCAGUAUCUGCACGAUCGAUACUAGCGGAGGUCCUAAGAGCGCAAAACAGAUUCAAAACAUCGCCGUCUCAGGCGCGACUGCGAAUGCUCAAGGCCUGGCAGUGUACGAGAAGUGGUGGAUGUGAUGGUCUCUGGAAGAACGGGCACAAAUUCGGCGCGGCGUGUUUUGUGGUCGAAUUUCUGUGA